UCAUCCUCAUAAUUUCACACUUUGGACUAACCCAAAGAGCUAAAAAAAAAAAUAAGAGGAAAAAGAAAGGAAGAAAACACAGUGAACCAAGAAGAACAACACCAUGUCCAGUGCCACAGCAUGGAGCAGAGAAGAAGAGAAGGCCUUCGAGAAUGCCAUUGCGAUGCAUUGGGCCGAGGACUCCGCCGAGCAUUGGGAUAAGAUUGCUUCGUUGGUACCGAGCAAGAGCAUCGAGGAGCUGAAGCAGCACUACGAGAUCCUAGUGGAGGAUGUUCGGGCGAUCGAGGAAGGGAAGGUUCAGAUUCCCAAUUACGUGGGCGAGGAGACGACUUCAUCUACAAAGGACAAUAAGCAUGGGGUUCCCAGCGGAGGGGCAUCCGAUAAGAGACAGAACUGCGGGUUCGGCGGCGGGUUCUCAGGGCUGGGACAUGACUCGGGCGGGCAUGGAGGGAAAGGAGGCUCGAGGUCGGACCAGGAACGAAGGAAAGGAAUCCCAUGGACCGAGGAGGAACAUAGGUUGUUUCUGCUCGGGCUAGACAAGUUCGGGAAAGGGGACUGGAGAAGCAUCUCGAGGAACUUUGUCAUCUCAAGAACCCCGACUCAAGUUGCUAGCCAUGCUCAAAAGUACUUCAUUCGCUUAAAUUCUAUGAACAGAGACAGGAGGAGAUCGAGCAUUCAUGACAUUACAAGUGUCAACAAUGGCGAUAUCUCGGCUCCGCAGGCCCCCAUCACUGGCCAGCAGUCCAACACGAAUCCCUCGAGCCCGGCCCUUGUCGGGCCGCCGCCGAAGCACAGGAAUCAGCCCCACAUGCCAGGGAUUGGCAUGUAUGGGACUCCUGUGGGCCUCCCCGUUUCUGCUCCGGGUCACAUGGCCUCGCUGAUGCUUCCCCCAGGACACCACCCGCAUCAUCCUCCCUAUGUCCUUCCCAUGGCUUACCCAAUGCCACCUCCACUGCCGCCUCCACCGCCAAUGCACCAAUAGCAAUGGCCUUUAGAAACUGAGGCUCCCUUUGUUUUCCAUGGAAACUUAUUUUUGUUUCAUUCAAAACUUUUUCAUGACUGGAAAGAUCUCCUUAAAACAGAUGGAGGUAGGUUCCAUGAUUCUCCCGAUUUGGUGUUGCAGCUAUUGAGAAGAGAAGCAUUCAUUGCAGAGAAUACCUGUUUCCUCUGGCGCAGUGCCGUGCAGCUUUCUAGAUUCUGUAGAGCUCUCCAUUGUUGCAUUCAUCAACUUCCUGUACAUAUACUGAGGUGUGAAUAAAUAGUAAUUUCCCAGGUA